AUGUGUCAUCCGAAGAACUCCCUAGAUGUGACUAGUAGAACAUUUCUGUUCAUAAUAGUGUUACUGUCUCUAAAACUGUGUAGUCCCCAGGACUUGAACGAGGAGUUUGUUAACGAGGAUAGUAUAGAGACUUCUGAUAUUAGUAUAGUGCCAGUGAAAAAGGUGAAGUUUGCUAGGAAUGUCGGUGAAGUGACGCCGUGUCGUAUGAGCGAGCUGCUGUGCGAUACUGGUCAGUGUAUCUCACUGGACAAGUAUUGUAAUGGAGAAGACGACUGUGGUGACAAAAGUGAUGAGCCAAAGGCCUGCACACCAUGCAACAGGACGUACAUGGGAGACGUGGGACGCACAUACGAAUUAGAGGUCCGGAGGCCUCGAGAGGAUCACCUCCCUUUUGUCUGCCACCUCAACUUCACCGCUAUGGGCGGGAACUAUGGCGACAUUAUACAGCUAACCUUCGACACGUUCACGGUUGGGAAGUUUGUGUCAUUCACGUCGGAUGGAUGUCCUGAUGGGCACAUGACGAUAGUGGAGCGAGCUCCCUCCCCACCAACGGGACAAUGGUGUGGAUCUGCAUGGGGUUACACCGUCUAUUUUUCAGAGUCAGAUUCUAUUAAUAUGACCUUGAGAUUGGACCGGUUAAGUCAGCAGGGAGUGGGCUACAAUUUCGACUUCAAGUUGGCUUACAAGUUUUUGAGGCGUAGUGAAGCGAGAUUACGAUACGGUAAUGCUACUGUUGGCGCGUGGAGAGGCGAAAGGGUACCUGGGACCUACUGCGACAGAAUACUGAGUGACUGCGACCUUAGAGCCUGUCGCAUACAAUCCCCCAACUUCCCCGGCGUUUAUCCCCGGAACGCAACUUGUACAUACCGCAUUGAACAUACUAAGAUACCAGCAGAUAAACAUGUUUUACUAGCAGUAAGACAGACGAAUAGUCACAAAAUACAUAUCAAAGACCAAAUAGUGAAGUACGAUAGAAGUCAGCGCGUAUUAAAGAUUUGGGACCAAUGCAAUGUCGUGCAAGAUUACCUCACAGUUUGGGACGGACCCACUCGCGAUUCACCGGUGCUAGUCCGUCUUUGUGGAGGAGAUGCGGUACCAGAUAUUGUCAGUAGAGGUCCCAAUAUGUUACUGGAGUUUCAUACAUCGCCCUACGAUAAUCCGUUUCACCCAGUUCCAUUGAGCUAUCUACCGGGAUUCGAGCUUGAAGUACAGGUACUCUAUGUGGAGAAAGACUCCCAUUCAUACGUGCGUUCAGAUGGCCGUUGCCGUUUUGUGCUCCGCUCUUCGGAUAAAACCAGUGGAGUACUAAGGAACCCGAGGCAUUCACUACCACCGAACACAUCUUGUGUCUACUAUUUCCAGGGUCGGGCCAACGAGAUAGUUUGGGUGUCGUUUGUGAAGUACCACUCCGCUGGAACGGAGCCCGCUGGCUUUGAUCAACAGAAGGACUGCUCCUCACAACUGACUAUAUGGGAUGGAGCCGCCCCUGAUGCCGAUUUGGAUCGAAAGUUGGAUAUGAGUGACAAAAAGUCUCGUCUGGGAUUGUUUUGUCGUGAAGAAUCGCCUCGGCUUUGUGAUCACGCUCUACUCUCGAAUGCAACUAGGGCAACACGACCGUGCGCCCCCUCCGAGAGCUACAUCACCACUGGGAAUGCCCUCACUAUACUGCAAGAACUCCGCCAAGGUUCAGCACUCUACCCGGUCUCAUUCGUCCUUCGCUACGAAUUUGUCGACGUUAGUGAACAAGGCCAACCAUUGGUAGACUCACAAUCAGCUUGCGACCGUGUCUUCAAAUCUGCGCAAACUUACUCCGGAAGAUUUCAAGCUCCCCGAGCAAUAUUUUAUUACGGAAGAGGUGGCGCACAGAACCUCACUUGCAUUUUAAGAUUCGAAGCGAAACAAGGAGAAAGAAUACAGUUAACCUUCACAAGCACUUACUUCGGAAAUAAAUAUUGUAAUACGCACAAAGACUCACGGACGAGUCGUUGGAAAUGUGAUAGGCCUGCGAAAAGAACCAUUGGGGGCGAAGGUCUCGCCCAAAUUAUUAUAACAGAAUAUCCUUGGGAAGGAGUACCGAUACAAAGAGACUGCAUUUGUACUAAUAGAUCUGAGCCAUUAAAUGUUCAUACAUUAACCGCCCCCGUCGUAGAGAUCAACUUUACAGUAACUAUGAUGAAUAUUACUGAAGAUUAUGAUGAUUUUGCUUUUGAAGGCGAAUACAAAUUUGUUCCUACUGGGCCAGGAGACGAGACUGUGUGUUCUACGGGAUGGGGUAAGAGACGGCUUAGGGGCAGCAGUGGAGAAAUCCGACUGUAUGAUAAAAGACAAGUACCUGUUGCACCAGAAAUAGUUGGUGAUAGACAUGUCAUAUCGGAAAGUGUACGAGCCGAAGUAGCUUGUGUGCAUAGACCCUGGCUGAUAGAACCUGGAGGUGAUGAAGUCACACCUGUCCAAGGAAGAUAUUUGUACGUCAAAGUUCCUGGUUAUGAAGUCACCCCAUCUUCACCUUUCUGUACCACACCAAAUCGUCUAUAUAUUUACGAAGCUCACGAUACGUCAAAAUUAAGAGAAGUGUGUCCAGAUGGCACGAGUUCCAUAGAACUCUACUCCCCAGGAUGGAAAUCUUCCCAGACAACUUUGGAAACGUCUUUGAAACCCCAUGCCGGAGCUAUGUGAUAGACUUUCUACAACACGAACAAGCUGACUAUUCAAUCAAAUGGAUUGAACUCAUGAAGAAACCGUCUUUUGACCAUGAUUCAGACUCCAAUACAAUUCCUCCACCGGUGUCAUUAGAAUGUCGAUACAGCUGUCCGGAACUGAACGCCUGUAUUCCUAUCGCACUAUGGUGUGAUGGAAGCGCUCACUGUCCUUCAGGUUACGACGAAGACGAUUCCAAUUGCUCCUUCAGGAUAUCCCUGCCUCCACCGUACGUAGCCGCGGCCGCUGGUAUUGGUCUUCUAUUAUGUGCAAUCACUGUAGCUCUUUGCGCUUGUAAAAGACGACGAAGAAAAGACAAAGAGUUCAAAGCAAGAUUAGAUGGUGCAUUACCCCCUGAAGAAAGACCGUUUGAUCGAGCUAAAACGAACGGUGUUCCUGAAGCAGCUCGCCAAUACGCUACCGUGCAAAAGUAUGCGACGAUAGAUAAGUACAGCUUAAGUCAGAAAUACAGUGCAGGGUUGAACGACGCUCGUUACUACGACGAGGUAGCACAAAGGGAUAAGCUCGCGGAUACAAGGUACGCUAGUUUAGGUCGGGCUGGAAGAGGCAUGCGAGUCGAGAACUCAAGAGGCAACGGGUCAAGAAGAGCGAUGCCUGAUUUGGGUUACCCGGACUUAAAAGACGGUUUUUGUUGA